UUGAGCCACAGUCAUCUCCUAAACCUGUAGUUAUUCUACAGCGGUCUGAUAUUCAAACACCAGUUACACAAACUUCACCAACUACACCACAAUCACAAUCAUCUUCUCUGCAAGUACAAUCAGAACCACAGAUUCAAUCACAGCUAACACCACAAUCGCAAACAUCAACUCGACCAAUCGCUUCAUCAGAUUCAAUCAUGGAGUCAAUUAAUUCUGCAAUUAAACUAGAGCAUUUAGAUGAAGAAAAUAAAAAUGAAGUACAUACUCCUGUAACUACUAUGAGUGGAUUUAGCCCUGAAAGAGAAGUAAAAAGAGAAAUCAUGUCAUCAGACGAAUUAGUGUCACCUCAAAAUUCUACUAGAAUAGUAGAUCCAGCUGAUAUGAAUAAUUCUAUGAAUAUGUCACUAGAUAUGAAUGCAGAUACUCAAGAUCAAAAGAAGUAUAAACGCAGGCAAUAUUAUGCUAAACGUAGGCAAAGUCAAGGGAAAGAUGUAAGUUCUACAAUCAUCCCAAAAAAACGACAUCGAAAGGGUUCUAAACCAGAAGAAGAUUAUGAUUCUUUCAUUGAUGCACUCAUGUCACAAUUACGACAGCUUCAGCCAAUGAGUGUUAUUGAGCCAUCUUUAAACCAAAAUUUAACAGCUUGUCCAUUGUUUGGCAUUGGAGAUGUAUUGUCUCAACAAAACUUUAAAAGUGGCGAUUUAAAUGGUAAAAUAGGCUCUUGUAAUCUGCCAGGUGAGAGUGAUUAUUAUAAUACAAAACCUUUUGGUGAUUUGGAACCUGUCUCACCAUUACCUCAACCAUCAACUCAAAGAGGCUUUUACAACGAGGAAUUUGACCCUCUGAAGUUUGAAUCUGAUAAUGAUGAAAAGAAGUUUGAAAUUGGACGUGAUCGUGAUGAUACUCCAGACACUGUAAUGAGCUCUUCUUCACCAGAGUUGGCAGUAUGUCAAACUCCAAUCCAUUUUCCAGGGCUUAAAAAUUAUGAUGACGAUAGUGAUUCAACAGAUACAUUGUUAAAUUUCACUCGAUAUAUGUCUCCAGUUCAUCAACUUGUUGCACCAUUAGCUCUAAAACCUCGUCCCAACUAUAAAAUCAAUAUAGAAGAUGAUAAAGAAAAUCAGGGCGUUAGACAAGGAAUGUUAUCUCAAGUUGGUAAAACGCCUCCACGAAGUUCACCUGCAUUACCAUUACGAGAUUCCAAUACCAUGACAGUUACAUUAACUAUAACUUCAGAUGCAGCUGAAGAUAUUAUGGGAGUUCUUCAAGGCUUAGCUAAUUUACUCGAUUUACCUGAUAUUCCCAAUUAUAAAGUUACUGAAAGAACUGUUACACCAAUGUCACAUAAAUUAGGACUGUACAGAUCUAAAACCAAAGAUGGUAAAGAAGGAGCUCCAAUAGAUAUUCAAACUAUAUUAAAUGGCUUUGCCAAAUUUUGUCGUCAUUGUGAUUUAGUUAUAUUAAAUAAUUUAAUAAAAAAGAAAGCAAGUGAAAUUCCCUUCUUAACUGUUGAAGAGUGUGCAGAUGAAAUAUUUUUCUGUAGUACAAUGUGUUUUCAAACUUUUGCUUCGCUAUUACGCCCGCCAACUGAAUCUAAAGAUAAAGCAACAACCAAUGUUAAUCAUUUAUCUGAAGGUUCACCACCAAAGCGUUUAAAAGUAGAUUCUGAAACAACUAGCCCAAUAUCUAAUAAAACUGAUGUUAUUGAAAAAAUGGAUAUUGAUGACACUUCACAAAACAUAGAAGAAAUAAAAUCUGAACCUACUGUUGAAGAAGCAAAAACUAUGCAUAAGAGUAAUAUUUAUAGACUUUGGAAUACAAAUAAUGUUCCAGCUCCACUCACAAAACAUAAAAAAUCUACUGAUAAAGAUCUAAUGGAGAUGUUGUUUCGUAUGGGAAUCACUGUUACAUCACCAAAAUUACCAGAAGACAAACGUAUGUGUUUGUUUUGUCAUCAAUUUGGAGAUGGUGUUUCAGAUGGACCCUCUAGGUUAUUAAACUUUGAUGUUGAUAAAUGGGUUCAUUUAAACUGUGCGUUAUGGUCAGAAGAUGUUUAUGAAACUGUUAAUGGAGCUUUGAUGAAAGUUGAUAUUGCUUUACGGCAAUCUCUCAGUGUAGAAUGUAUAGUAUGUCAGAGACCUGGUGCAACACUGAAAUGUUACAAGCUUAGGUGUUCCACAAAUUAUCAUUUACCAUGUGCUGUCAAAGAUGAUGCUGUGUUCUAUAAAAAUAAAACUUUGUACUGCAGUAGCCAUGCUCCAAAGAGUGACAAAGAAAACGAGCUGACUACAUUGUCCGUUCAUCGACGUGUCUAUAUUAAUAGAGAUGAGAAUCGGCAAGUUGCUGCUGUAAUGCAUCAUUCAAGUUCUCAUCAGUUUUUGUUACGUGUUGGUAGUCUUACACUUCUCAAUAUAGGUCAAUUAUUACCUCAUCAAUUAGCUGCAUUUCAUACACCAACUUCUAUUUAUCCAAUUGGUUUCAAAGUGGUUCGUUUGUUUUGGAGUAUGCGAGUACCUAACAAGCGUUGUAAAUACAUUUGUUCUAUUCAUGAAGUGAAUGCACGGCCAGAAUUUAGAAUUAUUGUACAAGAAGUAGAUAAUGAAGAUCUAGAACUUAAAGAUUCUAGUCCAAGAGCAGUGUGGUCAAAAGUUUUGUCAGCUAUUGCUAGUAUGAGAAUUGCAAAUAAUUUGUUAAAGCUACAUCCACAACAUGUAAGCGGUGAUAGUUUAUUUGGUCUUACUGAACCAGCAAUUGUCCGUGUCUUAGAGAGUUUGCCUGGUAUCGAGACACAAUCUGAUUAUCGUUUCCGUUACGGUCGUAAUCCUCUUCUAGAACUUCCUUUAGCUAUCAAUCCAAGUGGAUGUGCUCGCUGUGAAGGCCGUAGACGAUUAGUUCUUCCUGGAAAGUUACGAUCACACAUACCUAGAUCGUUUACAUCAUCUCAUAGUUCAUCAUUAUUAAGUCAGUUGGACUUAUCAGCUCCUCCUACUUGUCCAUAUUCUAAGCAUUUUGUUCAUUCUAAAUCCUCACAAUAUAAAAAAAUGAAACAGGAAUGGAGGAACAACGUGUACUUAGCCAGGUCUAAAAUCCAAGGCCUGGGACUUUAUGCUGCUAGAGAUUUAGAGAAACAUACUAUGGUUAUUGAAUAUAUCGGUGAAAUUAUCCGAUCACAGUUAUGUGAUUAUAGAGAGAAACUUUAUGAGGCUAAGAACCGUGGUAUAUACAUGUUUCGUUUGGAUGAAGAACGAGUGGUCGAUGCUACUAUAAGUGGAGGUCUAGCUCGUUAUAUUAAUCACUCAUGUAAUCCUAAUUGUGUUACCGAAAAAGUGGAAGUAGACAGGGAGCUUCGAAUUAUAAUAUUUGCCAAGCGAAGAAUUGCUAGAGGCGAAGAGCUUGCUUAUGACUACCAGUUUGAUAUUGAAGAUGAUCAACACAAGAUUCCGUGCAACUGCGGUGCUCCUAACUGUCGUAAAUGGAUGAACUGAUACAGUUGUAGCCAUAUAAGUAUUUUUACCAUUUUUUUUUUAUUUUUAAUUUACUUUUAACAAUUGUUGCAUUAGACACAUUCAUUUAUAAUAAUAAUAGUAAUAAUUGUUAUGUUGCCCAUAUUAAACUGUACACAAUUUCUGUGAUAGGAUCAAAUUUUACACAUAAUAUAUAUUAUUCAUAUAUUAAAUAGAUUUAUAAAUAUAUAAUAGCGCAUA